AGUAUCUCUUCAAGUUGUCGUUGUCACCGCGGAGUUUUGUUGCCUUUAGAAGGCUCGCCGAUGCCGUAACGGAGAGACUACAGUCGAUGAUGAGCCAUUGACAGGUCUGGGAACGUUUUGUCAGCUGUUUGCGAGAGAACAAAACUCGAUCCCAGGUGAGCUUCGAUAAAGAACCAACCAUGACGGACUCGCAAGCAUUUGUUACGGAUAUCGCUACGACAAUGGUGGAGGUGUAUGGACCAACCAACUUGACUAGCUUGUUUGACAGCACAAGCUCUUACAUCAGUGGGCCGUGUACCGAGGGUAACUCCAGCCUCGGGGAUGGGGUAACUCCGUCUGGUAUGACCCCUGGGUUGCAGUUCCCUGAUUCCUUUUUAAACCCAAUCCGGAUUGUCAUGCCCAUCAUUAUGGCCAUCAUUUCCAUCAUCGGGCUAGUGGGUAACGGCACUGUCCUCUGUAUCAUCUUCAAAUAUCGAGAGAUGCAGAACAUUACCAACUAUUUUAUCGCUAAUCUGGCACUGACGGAUGUUGCCAUGCUGGGCAUCUGCGCUAUUCCCACUGCGGCUGGUCUAGCAGGAAUGAAAAUGGAGGAAGGACUGUGCAAGGGUGUUAACUACAUGCAGUUUGUAGCGGUCCAGGCAACAUGCUGUACCCUGACAGCGAUGUCAAUAGACAGGUAUCUCCUUAUCGUUCACGCUGUCAAAUCAAGAAAAACUAGAACGACGACUAGGGCCAUCAUAGUCAACGUGGCAGUCUGGAUUGCGUCUUUCAUCGUGCACAGUCCAGUAGCGAUAUUCUACCAGCUAACCGAUCAGGGGUGCGAACUUAAUAUCGGUAAGGACGGCAAUGGAGCUAAGUACUACUACCUAGGUGCUUUCUUAUCCAUGUACGUCAUUCCACUGAUGAUCAUACUCAUGUGCUAUGCCAAGAUCCUCAUCAUCGUCUGGAGGAAGACAUCCGCUGGUACGGAGAGCGCCCAAGCCCAUGAGCGGUCCAUUCGUCAGAAGCGCAAGAUCACCCGUAUGGUUUUUAUCGUAGUCCUCCUCUUUGCUGUCUGCUGGGCACCAAUUCACUGUAUUCUUCUGUGGGAGCAGUUUAAAACCGAGGAUAUAACGAAUCUUAGCACGGCGAUGGCAUUUGCAUGUCUUCGCUUGUUUGCCUUGUGUCUGGCUUACGCCAACAGUCUCACGAACCCAUUUAUUUAUGCCUUCACAACAGCAAGCUUUAAGAAACAUUUCAAGAAGGUUCUUUCCUGCUCAACACCCACUGAGAGCAAGGAACAGAAAACUAUGGGACCAACGAGCACCUACAAGAAAAUUGGAAAAUUCCUGGCUACGGCCCCGUCCAGUUUUAGAUCGAGACAAACUCCGCAUGACCUGUAAACUCCGGGAAUAUACCGUCUGCGCCACAACGUGUACGGUCAGUUUUUUUGAAUUUGCCACACCUACUAACCGGUUGAAAGGGCGCCGUUUCGAACAU